AUGUGUGGCAAAGUUACAAUACCAAAAACAGCUACUUGUCUACUAGAGGAAGCAAACGAUGGUGGUGGUGGUGGGGCCUCUGAUGAGACGGAUUUUGUGGAGGAAGUGGUAUAUCCUAUCAUGCCACAUCACCUUGUGUUAUGUCAGCUUGACCUAAACACAAUGCUUGCAGAAACUGUUGCAUAUGUUGAAUUUUUCCAACUCCAAAUCAAGCUUUUGAGCUCCAAUGAUCUAUGGACGUAUACUCAUCUUGCCUACAACGGUAUGGACAUUAGACUUGGUCGACCAAUCAGUCUUAUGGAGAUGUUACCUUACAUGUGA